GGCAACUGGCCUGUGGACGGUCUUCACGCUAGGUGGGGUGGGGAGUAAACCAACGCCGCAGCUGGAGCAGUGUUCCCCUCUUGCUAACCAGAGUCUGCUGCUUCUGCUGGUCUUAGCUAAUUUGACCGACGCUCCAGAUACACCGAAUCCCUACAGGCAAGCUAUUAUGUCCUUCAAGAACACGCAAGAUAACACUGCUUUUUCAUCAUCAAAUCCGCAUGCUUUCCAGAUUAAUUUUAACAGUUUAUACACAGCUUUGUGUGAGCAGCAGAAAUCUGAUCAAGCGACUCUUCUUUUAUACAUGCUUCUGCAUCAAAACAGCAAUGUACGGACGUAUGUGUUGGCACGAACGGACAUAGAAAAUCUUGUUCUGCCAAUUCUUGAAAUUCUGUACCACGUUGAAGAAAGGAAUUCACACCAUGUUUACAUGGCUCUUAUCAUUUUGCUGAUCCUUACAGAGGAUGAUGGCUUCAACCGAUCCAUUCAUGAAGUGAUAUUGAAAAAUAUCACGUGGUAUGCUGAGCGUGUCUUAACAGAGAUCUCACUUGGGAGUCUCCUGAUACUAGUCGUCAUAAGAACCAUCCAGUACAACAUGACACGGACAAGGGACAAAUACCUUCAUACAAAUUGUCUGGCAGCCCUAGCAAAUAUGUCAGCGCAGUUCCGCUCACUUCAUCAGUAUGCCGCUCAGAGGAUCAUCAGUUUAUUUUCUUUGUUGUCUAAAAAACACAACAAAGUGCUGGAACAAGCCACGCAGUCCUUGAGAGGUUCCCUCGGUUCAAAUGAUUCUCCACUUCCUGAUUAUGCGCAAGAUCUGAAUGUGAUCGAGGAAGUGAUCCGAAUGAUGUUGGAGAUCAUCAACUCCUGCUUGACAAAUUCUCUUCAUCACAACCCAAAUUUGGUGUACGCGCUGCUUUACAAGCGGGAUCUCUUUGAGCAAUUUCGAACUCACCCUUCCUUCCAGGACAUAAUGCAAAAUAUAGAUCUGGUGAUCAGCUUUUUCAGCUCGCGAUUAGAGCAAGCUGGAGCUGAGCUGUCAGUGGAGCGAGUUCUGGAAAUCAUCAAGCAAGGAGCUGUUGCUUUGCCCAAAGACAGGCUGAGAAAAUUCCCCGAGCUGAAGUUCAAGUAUGUGGAGGAGGAGCAACCUGAGGAGUUCUUCAUCCCCUACGUUUGGUCCUUGGUCUACAACUCCGCUGUGGCUCUGUACUGGAACCCGCAUGACAUCCAGCUCUUCACUAUGGACUCCGGCUGAAGGAGAUGCCCCAGCCAGGCCAACUCAACUCCAUCUUCUUACAGAAAACAAAACUCCGCACCGCGUGUUAAUACGUGACCCCUUCCAGCGUGCACCCUCUGACCC